CCUAGCUAAUAACGGUCAACGUAGGAGGGAAAAGAGCUUUGUGGUGAGCGUGCUUUGUCGGUGAGUCUGACAGCUUGUCUGUGUGUGCGCGUGUAACAACACAGGAAACUGCUGCAGCUGCCUCAGAAGAGUUCGCUUGCGAUAUGGAGGUGUCGUGUUGUUGAUCGCGUCUGAUAUGUUACCGUAAAGUAACCAUGAUAUGUCUAAGUUUGUGUAAAAGUUCGUGGAAUAAAAUAUGCUCACACAUUUGCUAGAUAUGGCUUCGCUGAUGCCCUUUCCGUUUGGUAAAUCAAAACUAAGUGCAAGCACAGCCAGCGUUGAUGCCCACUCCAGCUUCUUGUUUUGGGGAAGCCCAGGCCCAAUCUAUUAUGCUGCGUUAAAACGUAUGCAGAAUGGAAAGAGUGACCCCACUGAUCCUGGUUUUCCACAGCAACUGGCUUUUCCACCACAUUCAUCACAAGUCCGACUGGAGACGUCUGUAUCUAAAGUGUACUUGAGCAAUGGAAGCUUUAUUGUCAUCAAUCUAGCAGAGGCCUCAAAUGUAAAAGAGAUUAUCAGUCGUGUUACUGAGAGAUUAGCAGAUGGCCCACGACCAUUUGAAGUUGUCUACGGGUUAAGGUUAAGAUGCAAGACAACAGGGGAAUGUUUGUGGCUUCAUACUGAUACUCCUACAUCUCAGGUGGUGAGAACAUACCAGUCAUAUCUAUCAACCGAUGACUGGAGGUACGAAUUACGUGUUCGCUAUCUACCAAAUGACUUAAGAGAUCUAUUGGAGAAAGACAGAGUAACGUUUCGCUAUUUUUAUGAACAAGUUAAAAAUGACUAUUUACAAAUGGAGAGUGAUGUAGACUUAGAUUUAGCCUUACAGCUUUGCUGCAUAGAAAUUAGGAGGUUUUUUAAGGAUAUGACCCUUGUUGCCUUAGAAAGAAAGUCCAACUUUGAGUACUUAGAGAAGGAUGUUGGUCUUCACAAGUUUCUUCCCUCUCCUGUGAUAACUGGAAAUAAGCCAAAGACUUUACGAAAGAUGAUUCAAAGUACUUUCAAGAAGUUCUCAUCCCUUACAGAAGUAGACUGCAUGGUUAAGUUUCUGGAAUUAGUUUCUCAGGUAUUUAAGUAUGACAGAGAAACUGUUCCCUGUGCACUUGGGUAGAGCUGGAAUAUCCCUGUGCAAUUGGUGAUAAGUUCUCAACUAGGCAUUAGUUAUGUUACAGAUAAAACCUGUCAGCCUAGCCAUAUAGCCAAUUUCUGCCAUGUCCAGAGUAUACAGAGCAUUCCAAGUGUUCCUGACAGCAGCACCAAACAUGUUCUUCGUUUAAAGAUUGCUGGCCAAGCAGAUAUUCUUUCCAUAACAUGCCCUACGAAGUCAGUAUCAGAAAAUAUUGCUGAUUUGAUUGAUGGGUAUCGCCGUCUUUCUCUCAAUACUGCAGAUUCCGUUUGGAAGAAAGGCGAAGAACUACCAGGCUACAGAGGAAGCUCUCCAGGCAGGCCACUUUCUUAUAGUGUUUCCCCCAGUGAUUGUCAACUCAACUCUAGUCUAUCAGAUUAUGCUGAAGUUCAUGAAGAGGAAGGAGACUAUUCAACACCAGUUGGUCAGGAUUAUGAGAUAUGUAGGUCUCGGGUCACUUGUAAUGACAUUAUUGGGGAGGGUCAGUUUGGAGAUGUCCAUCAGGGUAUGUUUCGGACAGAGGAGGCUGACCUGUUACCAGUGGCCAUCAAAACUUGUAAACUGGAGAGUGACCCUAAUAUCCGGGAGAAAUUUUUGGAAGAAGCAUAUGUUAUGCAGCAGUUUGACCACCCACAUAUUAUCAAACUGAUUGGUGUUUGCUCACCACCUCCAAGUAUGAUUGUUAUGGAGCUUGCUAAGUAUGGACAGGUGUUGAUUUAUUUAGAAUUUAAUAAAGAAUAGGAAUAAAAUUGGAAAUAUUUAUUUUUUUUUGGUUUUUAACUUAAAUAACUGUUUUCGUGGUUCUUUAGAGACAUAGCUGCCAGGAAUGUCCUCGUGACAUCACAUGACUGUAUCAAACUUGCUGAUUUCGGCUUGUCACGCUGGAUUGAGGACCAUUACUACAAAGCUAGUAAAGGAAAACUUCCUAUCAAAUGGAUGGCUCCAGAAUCCAUCAACUUUCAGCGUUUCACAACAGCCAGUGAUGUUUGGAUGUUUGGAGUUUGCAUGUGGGAAAUCCUGAUGAUGGGAGUGAAGCCAUUCCAAGGAAUAAAAAACAGUGAUGUUAUUCGAAAAAUAGAGAAUGGAGAAAGGCUACCCCUCCCACCUAACUGUCCACCUCACUUGUACAGCCUGAUGUCUAAAUGUUGGGCUUAUGAACCUUCUGCCAGACCCAGUUUUCAAUACAUCAAACAUAUAUUAUGUGAAAACCUUGGGGAAGAACAGAAGCAACAAGAAGAAGCAAAAAGAAGAGAUAACAGGAAGAUACAGGCUUUAUCAUGGGGUUCUUCGGGAUCAGAUGAAUCGUCAUCAAGGUCUCCAAGAAAGAUGAGUAGUGAAACAUCCCCAGGAUCCGUGGCACCUUCAACCUACAUUGUAGCUCAAAAUCCAGAAGUGUUAGCAGAUCUGUUUCGGGAGAAUCUUGACAACAUCCCUCCUGCCUGGUCUUAUGUUGCUGCUGCUUCUCCAGCUAAUACUUUCACUGUAGAUACUUAUCCAGAUUCUCCUAGCCAGAGCAAAAAACCUGGACAGUACCCUAGGCAGCGGAUAUCCUGCAGUGAACGUUCUCAUGGCUCUGAUACUGAUAGUUGGGACACAGAUGGAGCUCUCAGCUCUCCUAGUUAUGCAACAGGUGUCUCUGAUGCUGAUUCAUCUGGUUCUCCACAUUCCAGAGUAUCAAAAGAAACAGCAGAGUCUGGAUCUGUUAUGUCUGUAAUGGUGGAUGAAACAAAGAACUUUGAAAUAGCAACGAAUGUGAACCUUGACAGAACAGGAGAUCAAGUUUAUGAAUGUACCACACGAGUGGUUCAUGCUGUAAUGUGUUUAGCACAAGGCGUUCAGCAGGAAAAGGUUUCCAAGUACUUAGAACUUGUCAAAAAUGUGGGAAAAGAACUCAAGAAUUUACUGCGAAGUGUGGAUCAGUUUUUCCCAACCUUUCCCUCGUCAUCACGAAAAGAUGUAACGAUGGCUCAUCGAGUUCUAAGUAAAGACAUGGAAAAUUUGAUUCAUGCUAUGAAGCAGGCCCACAAGUAUAGCCGAACAACACUUGAUGCAGAGUUUCGUAAAGGAAUGUUAUCUGCUGCCCACGUCCUUGCUGUAGAUGCUAAAAACCUACUAGAUGUAGUAGAUAGUGUCAGAAGUAGACAACUUUGUACCAAGACUUCUGGAGAACACGCCGAAAAGGAUAGAAGCUUAAGUAAUAAGGCUGUUACAGAAAACAAAUGUUCAGAUGAGCCAACAAAACAUAGAGCAAUCAAAGAAGGAUCUUUAGAAGACUUUGGAGAAACUGACCUUGACCUUUACUCAGUAGAGUCAUCUGAGAGGUCAUCACUAAGCACAGAUAAUUCUGUUAUUUCCACUUAUGCAAAAUCCUCACAGACUGGUCCACAGGGAGAAAACCACAUUACAUAACAAAUAAAAAUAAUAUGCCAUGAAUUGGCACAUAUUUUAUAUAUUUAUUUGCUAAUUCUUAGUGCAUCAAUGUCUAAAACGUUUUUUGGCUAUUUAAUCAAAAAAUGGCAAGAUUGCAAUUUUUUGUUUGUUUUUUUAUUUGAAAAUAAAACAUGUAAACACUUUGUAAUUAUUAUUUAUGGGUGUAAAACAUUUGGAGUCAUCGUUAUCAGGAUAAAAUAAUGACUAGCGUUUCCCUUUUUUAUUUAUUCAGGUGACCAUCGUUCCUACAAACAAUAGUAUCCAUCAACACUUUCAGUCAUUUUCAUUUAGUUUAAAUGCAUAUUUUUUCAAAACUAUCAUACAGCUUGUUUUAGCUUUUUUUUUUUACUUUCAUAGCUAAUAGAUUUAAUAUUUGUAGAAAUUAUACCUUUAUUAAAUGUGUUAUUUUGUAUCUUUUUUUUGUUUUACUUUUGCCUAGGAGUUCAAAUUUACUUAAAGGAACACUGCGAUUUGCACGUGUAUGUACUCUCUAUUGAUUAAUAGAUUACUAAAAAUAUCUAGAUUGUGAUCUUGCUGCUAAUGAGUGUUUGCUUGCUACUUGAACGGAAGGCCCGAAUGCAUACUUCAGAAGUGCAUAGAAAGAACAUAACACUUACAAUUAUAAUUGUCUUUUCAGUAUAAUGCUCGUGUUAUUCCUACAUUUGCACAUGCUAGUGUGUGGAUUUUUUUUUCUAUGUGAAUUAUUUAAAUUUAAUAUUUAUUAAUUCAAUGGUCAGCAAAAUAAUCACACAAAAAUUCUUGGGACAUGUGACAUCUGGCUGUACAUGAUACGAUAGUAUUGAUUGCUGUUUGCAUACGUUUGAAGAUAGGACUAAAUCACAGUCCAUAAAAGUGUGUUUUUUUUGGGUUUUUUAUGAUACAAUAUCUUAAUCCUGUGAGAUCUGUGGCCAUAAGUUCCAUGGUUAGACCACUAUAAAGAGAUGUAAAAAGCCAUAAGUUCCAUGGUUAGACCGAUAUAAAGAGAUGUUAAAAGUAUGAAAGCAUGUAAAACUCUUCUUUCAUAAAAAUUAUCCAAUAACAAAACUGGAAGUUGUUAAAAUACUGAAAUAAAUGUAUCUAAGAACAAUCAGGAUAAAUUAUAGACUUUUCAUGGUAUCUCUUACUUAAACAUACCAUUAGUUUAGCAUUGUGAAAUAUUAGACCCAUCAAAACAAGGAGUUGAUUAUGUCAUUAAGGUGUUUUGAAUCCUUUACUUUGUGAUAGUGCAUUUAUACACAUACACUCUAGUACUAUGUGUUGUAUAAUAGCAGUGUUUCUUUACCGAUUAUGUGUUGAUAAUCGUGUUUGUACUGAAUGAUGAACAUUAAGCACCAAAGUUUCUAUUAGAGAGUAUGCCAAGAUUCAUAAAUUAAUUCGUAUACUUUACUUCAAGUUGAAGAGCUCAGUAAUGGAGAUUUUUAUUUCAUGAUUUAAUGAAAGUAGUAUUUGUAUAGAAUAUCUGUAGUAUUUUUACCUGCUAAAGUAACAAAAUACAUAUUUUAAGUGCACUUUUUUUUUUCAUUUGGUGCUUCAGCCAUAUGUGUACUUAUAUUGUAUCAUUGUGUACAUUGUAUGUAAAAACAAACUAUGAAAAGACAAGUGCUUUUCAUAGUUGGUUUUUGAAGUUGAAGUGGAUAGAAACCAGGUUUGGUUAUGUAAAGGAACAAUAAUUUUGUCCUUAUUGUAUGUUUCUAGUCCAAUUUUUAAUAACUGCAAGUUUAUGGUUUAACAUAUUCCUUCUUCCCUUACUCAGUAUCAUAAAAACAGUAAUUGUAUUGUUCUGAUACUUUGCUGAAUCCAGAAUUUUAACCUAGUCCUCUGGAUUUCUUUUAAUGUGUGUAUAAAAGAGAUAAAGAUGGUCAGUUUACAUAGAAAACGUUAUUUGUUUAAACAAUAAUUUCUCAAAUCUACCAUCUUAAGUUAAUUAUAAGUUGUAAAUUACUAGUUAGAGAGAUGUGAUUAGUUUAAACAAUUAAAAAGAUCUAGUAUUCUCUAUUAAUUACAUUUAACUUUUUCAUCAAAAGAUUUUUGAUAGUAAGAUAAAAAUCUACUGUACAUUGUAAUUUAAUUUUAUUAAGUGCAUACAUUUGUUAUUAGCAUCUUCACUUUUAUCAUUUUCAAAUCUAUGUAUUUUUUUCUUUUUAGAAAAAAAAAUGUAUAAAACUGUUUAAUAAUUGUGUAUUAUCUGUAUAUUAUCUUUCAAACGUUGUUAAACUUGUUCAUUUAACACAAUUAUAGUAUUGCAGAAUUAUGCUGUUCAACAUGAUAGCUUCAUGUUGCAAGCAAUGAAGUUUAGAUGUAAAGAACAGUUGAAAUAGAAUCUGUGUAUCCGUACCUUUCUGAAGUUUAAAAUUAACAAGAUUCUACAAGUGAAGAUACAUGUCAGAAAACAAAGGUUAGGCCAUCUGGUCAUUAUUGAUUUGUGGACCAUGUUUUUUUUAUAUGCUAUGAUAUAUGUAUAUAUGAGUGAAUAGUUUGUUUGUUUUUAUUCCUACGGUACUUCACUGAUUUAUGUUACUGUCUGUACCUGAAAAGAACCUUGCAACAUAUUAAUGUCCUAUACUUGACAACCACAAAGCAAUUGUGUUUAAUGUAUUAUUUUAAUAAUCAGGUAUCUCUUUUUUUUUUGGUAAUGUUGAAGUUCUAUUAAUGGUUUGUCUGUGUGGUCUUCUAUGGAAAAGUAGUAGACUGGUUUGUUGUAAACAUUUUUUUGGUCUUAAUUUAGUAUAUUAAUAUAUGUAUCUAUUGUUUAACUUUUCUCGUGUGUCAGUCUUUAGUGUAAUAUAAAUUUUUGUGCUUUUCAUAUGAAGUCACUUGCAAGACCUUGUUUUACCAGACAGGAUUUUUUUAUCACUUAAAUUGGUUUAAAUUUCACAACAGUAACAGUGCAUUUUAUAUAAUGUCCAGCUUUACUUGGCUUACAAACUAAUUAUUGUACACAUAGGUUUAUCUUGUAAACAUUUAAAAACCUUAAUGAAAACAAAAACAUUUUUGCUGUAAAAAACAAUGAAAGCAAGUAUCUGCUUCUGUUCUUACAUUAUGCUGCCAUUCAUACUUUAUAUGUAAUGAUGAUUUUGUCUUGUUUUAAAACUACUUAAGUUCAACUGUGACUGCUACAUUUUCUUUUGAUAGUUUUAAACUGCAUAUUUUGUUUACAGAAAUGGUAGUUUUGAAGAACUGUGACGUUUUUCACUACUGUACUGAGAAUGUUUACUGCUGGCUCAUCAUGUAAGUUAGUUAAGUGUUAUGAGAAUGUUUACUGCUGGCUCAUCAUGUAAGUUAGUUAAGUGUUAUAACAACUUGAGUAUAUGAAAUCUAGUCAUGCUGCCUAUGAAUGCUCAAGAAUAGGACACAAUUUUUUUUUGUAUCUUGUAACAUCAAUACAACACUCACUCUCAGAAUAAUUUAAAUGUUUUAUGUUUAUUUUUAUAAAGAUAUAAGAAUUUGUAUUGGUUUAUUUUUUUCCAGUUGUUUUUACCAAAUACAAUUACUAAGUUAAAUUUUAAAAUUUGUUCUUAAGUUCUUAAUCUGCUUCAUAAAAGAUCCAAUGAAAUAUCAAUGUCAAUAUUUAGGACCAAUAGAAUGUUCUUAGGAAUAUUGUAACUUAAAUAAAAAUAUUUGUUCACCAAAAUGUAAAAGUUCAAUGAUACAGUAUAUCUCUGUUACUAAUAAUAUUACCACAUAAAACUUUGCUUAAAUUAUUUAAGGAAAAAAUAGCCUUUUUUUUUAAGAAUAUUUAGAAUCUGUAAAUUCUCAAAGAGAGAUUACAAAGAUUUUUUUUUCUAACAUGCUUUAUGUUAUGAGCGAUCAAGAAAAUUCUAUUAAAAACUGUACUGUUAAGGACUAAUAAAGUGUAUUUACUAAUUUG